GAUCCUUUCGUAAAUUAUAAUCUUUUCUUGCAUUUGGGAUAGAUUGAACUCUAAAUCUAGAGAGUUUCCAGUUACAGCAACAAACAUGGACGUCGGGGAACUUUUAUCCAAGGCUUUGUCCCACAAGGCUGAUAAAUCUUCUUCUAAUAAUCCAAGUAUAAAGAGAAAAAGUGAUGCUGCUUAUGAAAAUGGAGAUUAUGACAAAAGAAGGAGAGAGGAACCAAAAGGAAUUACUGAUGAAGAAAGAGAAAAAAUAUUGGAAAUGUUAGACAAUGAACCAGAGACAGAAGCUUUGGAUGAGACAAACUUAAAGAAGAUGUUACUGAACUUUGAGAAAAGAGUUUAUAAAAAUCAAGAACAGAGAAUUAAAUAUCCAGAUUUACCAGAGAAAUUUAUGGAUUCAGAAAUAGAAGUAAAUGAAAUUAUUCAACAAAUGCAUGUUAUUGCUACUGCACCAGACUUAUAUCAUAUCUUAGUAGAUCUCAACACAGUACAAUCACUUUUACAGUUGUUAGCACACGAAAAUACUGAUGUAUCAAUAGCUGUGGUGGAUUUAAUACAAGAAUUAACAGAUGUAGAUACAUUAAAUGAAAGUGAAGAAGGAGCAACAGCUGUCGUAGAUAGUUUGUUAGAAAAGCAAGUAGUUGCAAUUUUAGUGCAGAAUUUAGAAAGACUGGAUGAAAAUAAUAAAGAAGAAGCUGAUGGUGUACAUAAUACUUUAUCUAUCAUAGAAAAUGUAACAGAAUUCCGACCAGAAUGUUGUACAGAGGCAGCACAGCAAGGUUUAAUGGUCUGGUUAUUAAAGAGAAUCAAAGCCAAAAUGCCAUUUGAUGCAAAUAAGUUGUAUGCCAGUGAAAUUUUAGCUAUUAUCCUGCAGAACAGUGAUGAAAAUAGAUUGCUGAUUGGAGAAUAUGAUGGUAUUGAUGUUUUAUUGCAACAGUUAGCUUCAUACAAAAGAAAUGAUCCAUCAAAUAAAGAAGAAUUGGAAUACAUGGAAAAUCUGUUCGAUGCAAUGUGUUCAUGUUUAAUGAGGACAGAAAAUCGGGCCAAGUUUUUACGUGGAGAAGGCUUGCAGUUAAUGAAUCUCAUGUUAAGAGAAAAGAAAUUGUCCAGAAAUAGCGCAAUUAAAGUAUUAAAUCAUGCAAUGUCUGGUGCAGAGGGAGCAGAUAACUCUCAAAAAUUUGUUGACAUUCUUGGUUUGCGAACAAUCUUUCCUUUGUUCAUGAAAACACCUAAACAGGCAAAAGCAGGACCAUCAUCAGAGGAACUAGAAGAGCACAUAACAUCUAUAGUUGCAUCAAUGAUGAAAAAUUGUCAGGCUACACAAAGGCAAAGACUGGUCAAUAAAUAUACAGAAAAUGAUCAUGAAAAGGUAGAAAGAUUGUUGGAACUCCAUUUCAAAUACCUUGAUAAAGUACGGACAGUAGAUGAUCAGAUCGAGAGAGAAAAACAGAGAAUGAAGAACAGAGGAGAAGAAAUAGAGGAUGACGAUGAGUUUUAUAUCAGACGUUUAGAAGCUGGUUUAUUUACAUUACAGCUAGUUGAUUACAUUAUGCUUGAGAUAUGUGCCACAGGGCCUUCAUCGGUUAAACAAAGAGUGAUGCAGAUUUUGAAUAUGAGAGGAGGUUCUAUAAAGUCAAUCAGAAGUAUAAUGAGAGAAUAUGCAGGGAAUAUUGGUGAUGCAAAAGAUCCAGAGGCCAAAGAACAAGAACAGGAGAGAAUAUUACAACUGGUGGAUAAAUUUUGAAACCAUUAACAAAAACCUUAAACAAUAAGGAUAAUUAAAUGUGUUAAUCCAAGUCAGUAGAAACACACAGUCUAAAAAGUUACUUUUGUCAAUAUGAUGUUCUGUUACCAGUAUAUUUUGAAUUGGCAAUAUAAUCUGUGAUACUACAAAUUUCUAAACCACUACUUACAGUUCAGAAUCGGUGAAAUGAGACAGUAAAAAUUAAUCCAUCUAUGAGCUUUAUGUCACAAUAUUGUGAAAAUAUUAAAAUAUAAUGCUGUCUGCUGGCCAUGUAUGGUAGGUCAAAUAACUUUGUUAUGAUUGUUAGUAUGGUAUCAAUAAACAUGAUAAAAUGUA